UGUUUGAGCCGCGCUGCCUGGUGGGGUGAAGGACCGAGAGAGAGGAGGAGGAGGAGGGAGCAUGGCUCUGAUAGUGCUCUCUCUCUGGGUGCUAACGAGUCUCACCUGGGCCAACCCGCUCCAGGUGUCCGCCAACAGACACUCCGUUUACUGGAACAGCUCGAACAUACAUCUUCGCAGGGAGGGCUACACGAUGCAGGUGAACGUCAACGACUACCUGGACAUCUACUGCCCCCACUACAACGACACCCAGCGCGUGGUGGGCACCGGCGAGCAGUACGUCCUCUACAUGGUCAGCUACCGCGGCUACAGGAACUGCGACCCCCAGCUGGGGUUCAAGCGGUGGGAGUGCAACCGGCCGCACGCCCCGCACGCGCCCAUCAAGUUCUCGGAGAAGUUCCAGCGCUACAGCGCCUUCUCGCUGGGCUACGAGUUCCACGUAGGCCAGGAGUACUACUACAUCUCCACGCCCACUCACCACCACGGACGCAGCUGUCUGAGACUACGGGUGUACGUCUGCUGCUCCACGGCCUCGGACGUGGAUGAUGAGCCAGAACCGACAGAACCAGACUACACACUUAGACCAGGCUUAAAAAUUGAUGAUAUUGAUGAAUAUAACCCCUUUGUCCCCAAGCUGGAGAAGAGCGUCAGUGGAAGCAGCCCGUCCAGGGACCGUCUUCUCCUCACCAUGACGAUGCUCUUUCUGGCGGCUCUCUUCAUCUCCUAGCAACGGCCAUCCCAUCAGCGUCACCAUGCCAACUAGCCUUGGGAGGGUGUACAGUAUCAGCGGGUGGGAGAGAGAGGAGGGGGGUCGGCAGGGGGAGUGAGAAGCGAGACUUUGAAAUGAGAGUUUUCAAACAUCGCAGUGCAAGUUUGUGUGUGUGUGCGUGUGUGUGUGUGUGUGUGU